CCAAGCUUUGUCUCUUCCUACUUGCAAGUAGGCAAGUUGAACGACAGGCUCGACGUCUCAUGAACGUGGCUUUGGUUCUUCUGCGGCUCACCACUUUCUCCCAACAAUAUUUUCGUUCAACCGCAUUCUAUGGUUCGACAUUACUUCUUGUCAGCCCUAAUGUCAGCUAGGUCUCUAGGAAGUUGUCGAGGUCAUCGGAAAGAGGGUGACACUGUGGCUCAAAACGGCUGAAGUUAUCUCGAAGACUCUGCCGACUCACCUACGCACCUGGCCUUGCCUUCUCUCAUCAUCAUGUCAAAGUCUCCCCUCAAUCUGGCCAAGCUUAUUCGUUCGGACAUGUGGUUUGCAGACGGAAACAUCGUCUUAAUAUGCAAUAAUGUCGCUUUCAAAGUGCACCAGGGACAACUUGAGCGACAUUCGCAAAUAUUCGAAGACCUUUUCACCGUCCCUCAACCAGACGAUGAAGAGCUCCUUGAAGGAUGUCCCUGGGUGGAGCUGCACGAUACACCAUCAGAUGUUCUUUACUUACUACGUGCCCUCUACGAUGGCUUAUACUUCGAACAGCCUUCAUCAAAUGACUUCCCAAUCAUAGCUGCUGUUCUCCGUCUUUCCUCGAAAUACAUGAUUGACCAUCUCCGACGAAGGUGUCUUCUCCGUCUACGGUCCGACUGGCCAGUCACGUUGGAAGCUUGGGAUACACGAGAGCGUAUAGCUACUGAGGACAGCGGUCGAUAUAACCCUCGUGAUGCCUACCCGCAUCCCUUACUCGUAAUCAACCUCGCUCUGGAGCUAGACAUUAUUGACAUCCUACCCACGGCCUACUACGAUCUCUCACGAUACGGACCUCGUCGGAUCGUCUCUGGGACGCCUCUUCCACCCCCUCUGCUAUUUGCACCAUGUACGUCACCGGAGCCUGUAGAUACACCUAUGGACCCGGAGUUCCUCAAACUGAACUAUGAGGAGCUUCGUGUCGUAUUCUUGGGCCGUGAAUCAGCUCAACGUCAUCUUGCUGCGUUCAUUGAACGAGAGCUUGCAUCUCGACCCAUCUCCAAAGGAUGUCUGAACAAACACAACGACGCCGGACGAGUCUGCCGCGAGUCUUUCUAUUAUAUCAUGCUCAACGUCCUUCGAGCUGUCGGCGGUAUAUCCCAUGGACGAGACGCGGAUCCUCUAUACAGCUUUGCACAGGCUGUGGACAUGCUCACUCGAACUGACUUUAGUGACGGAGAGAAGUUGUGUGGACUAAAGAUUUGUGCCCUGUGCAAGAACGAGCUUGCUACAUCGGUCGAAUGUGAGAGGAAGGACGUCUGGAACGAGAUUCCGAGGUGGUUUGGAAUUAUGCGUGGUGGUGAAGAAGCCAGUGAGAUUGAAUUUUCCGCUUGAGCUACUACUAUGUUUUCUUUAUUUUGACAACGUUACAUGCUCCUCCAUCGUUGUAAGGCGCUUUCUUACCUCAUGCCCUACCUAUAUAUUUCCUAAUUCAUCCUUCAUUACGCUGCUGAAUUAGAGUCACAUCUGCCGAACUUUCGUUUUCAAUUCCAAACAAGUGGCUUGAAAGUAGCAAACAACCCACAAAGAUCUCGACGGCAUUCCGUAGUAUCC